UUGCCGAAAAAGCUCACGCACGCAAAACGUCGCCGUAUUUAACCGGAAAAUAUUCUUAGAUUCAAAACCCCACACAGUGUCUUUCUCUUGUUUUCUCGUUGAAUUCGUUGCGUUGCAAUUGAAACCAGAUAUUUACGCACAAACUGCAAUUCAGUUUCUAAUUUUUCCACUUGAUUUCAUUUACGUUUACAUAUAAUUAUUGCAAUCAGAGCCCUAAUUUUUCGAUCAGGGGUCGGAAAUUUGUAAAACCCUUGAUUCCCAAAUUUACGUAUUGUGCUGGUUUCCGGCUUGAUCAAUGUCGAUUGUGGAUCAGGAAGAUGAGGAUUUGCAGAUGGCGCUGCGACUGAGCAUGCAACAGCACGAGUCGCCGGAGCCGAAGCGGAGCAAGUCCAAGGAGGACUCCGGCGCGGGCGAUUCGGCGGAGGAGUCUCCGGAGGCGAAAACUAGGCGGAGGCAACGGGAAUUAAUGGCUGCUGCUGCUGAGAAGCGGAUGGUUGCCUCCUCGAUCGUGGAAGUUGUGGAGGAUGUGGAUAUUGUGGGUCCGGAUGUGGAGGAUAAAGGGAAAGGCGUGAGCCUGGAUGAAGGUGAGUCCAAAGAUGGAGAUUCAGGGGUGGAGCUACCGUUGGCGGAGGCGAACCAGCUUUUCUCGAUGAUUUUUGGCGAAGGAGUAAGUAAAGACGUGCUUACGCAAUGGUGCAAUCAGGGAAUUAGGUUUAGUUCGGAUCCUGAAACAUCUAUGGGGCUAGUACAGCAUGAAGGUGGGCCCUGUGGCGUCUUAGCAGCUAUACAAGGUUUUGUGCUCAAAUAUCUUUUAUUUUCUCCAGAGGAAACCGGUAAUGCUGUGCCAAAUAAUUUCUCGAACUUGGCUAUUAGAAGGGAGUCGAAGAGUGUGCCGGUUCCAGCUGAUAUUUUCUCAUCACUUUCAGAGGAAAGAAAGUCAAGAGCCUUGGUGAGGAGUAUGAGCGAAAUACUCUUUCUAUGUGGAAGCAAUAAAGCAGCAGUGAUAGCAUCUUUGAAUGUUCUUCCUGAUGAAACUGCAGGGGCUGCACAGGGCUCAGAGGACGAGGUCAUUGCAAAGUUACUUGGAGGUAUUUCUGUUGAAUCGGGGUCUCACUUACAGAAAGUUCUGCAGAUCAAUACCUGCACUUCUCGAUCAAGAGCAAUUCAAGUGCUUGAAGCGUUGCUUCCUGUUUUUCGAAGUCGCUUUGGAGCAUUGCUCUUCUUAAUAUCUGCAUUAUUAUCUCGAGGACUGCACACUGUUCAAGAGGACAGGGAUGACCCGUCUCAACCAUUAGUGACUGCUCCUUUUGGGCAUGCAUCACAGGAAAUUGUGAACUUAUUGCUCUCUGGGAAUGCUGUUGCUAAUGUGUUUGAUGGGAAGAUUGACUUGGGGGAUGGCAUGUCCGUGAAAGGCAUCUCAACGACAGUACAAGUUGGAUUCCUCACUCUGUUGGAGUCCCUCAACUAUUGUAAGGUUGGCCAGUAUCUUAAAUGCCCAAACUGGCCGAUAUGGGUAGUCGGAAGUGAAUCUCACUACACAGUCUUAUUUGCUCUCGACACCAAAGUCCAAGAGGAGAAUGAACUUGAGAAUAGAGAAUCACAGAUUCGGAAAGCAUUUGAUGCUCAUGACCAAAGUGGUGGAGGCGGCUUCAUAAGUGUUGAAGCAUUCCAUCAAAUUAUCAAGGAAUUGAGGAUUAACCUUGCACGUGAGAAGGUCGAUCAGCUUUGCAGUACAGAUUUCAUCGUAUGGAAUGAGUUGUGGCAUGCUCUACUUGAUUUGGACCAGAGUUUAGGUGGCCUGAAGGACCCAACUGGACCAACGGGAAAGGAGGGUUUUCAUCUUUACCAUUUUAAUGGGAUUGCCAAACUGAGUGCGAGUGGCAGCCAGGCAUCAUCUGGAAACGAAAUCCCGAUACAAAGACCUAGAUUAACGAACGUGAGAGUAACUAUUCCACCAAGAUGGACGUCUGAGGAAAUGACAGUUAGUCUGCCCGUGGUAUCUACCCCAGGUACAAAUGAAUCCAAUGCGACUCAAGUAUCUUGUCCUCAACCUGCUCAGCACGCACCUCUGGUCGAUUGCAUUAGGACGCGAUGGCCUAGUGCUGUAUGCAACUGGGACGGGGAUGCACCGAGCAUUGUCUGAUUUCUUAAUCAAUUUUUCUUUCUUGCAAAAUGGGAUGAAAUAUGGCUCCAUUGAUCUGGGUUUGAAUCCAUGUGCGGUAAAGGAUGGUUUCGAUUCAUCUUUUCGUGUGAGGUACAAAGUAAAUCGUCUCGACGGUGGCAUGAUGGGAUCUAAUUUGAAACUGGGGUUUAGAGGAAGAUGAGAGAUUUAUCUGGAUUUUGUUUGUUAUUGUGUUGAAUUUCUACACCAACAUAACAAUUGUAAGUAAACCUUUGUUCUUCAUGGAGAUAUAUCUUUUAAAACUUGAGGAAGAAAUGGGUAUACGAUUUUAAUGU